GGCUGCCAUAGCAACUGCUGAGUCACUCCCGGCUCUCUGCUUUCAGCUGCCGUCCUCUAAUGUGAUUGUUUUAGUGAGGGUGGCACCCAGGCCCUCAGUCUUCCACCCACGCCUGCAUGCGUGAGCAUAUUGAUCAGAGUACUCCAACACGUAUAUUUGUUGCAGUUGAUUCAGUCGAACGUAAAGAUCCAUCACUGCGGGUGUCGGAGCUAGAUGACCCUGAGGGAGCUCUAGAGGUCGAACGGGAGCCUUUCAGAUGGGUAACUUUCCCACCACGGUGAAGCACUGCCUGAGCUACGAGGAUCUAAUCCAGGAUUAUCCAUGGCUAGCACGCUGGCUGCAGGAGGAGAAGCGAGCUUUAACACAUGAAUACCCAGAGUAUGUUAAAAUUGUUGAAGUCGGGCCAAGAGACGGACUUCAAAAUGAAAAGGAAAUGGUUCCAACAGGAGUCAAAAUCCAGCUGAUAGACAUGCUCUCAGAAACAGGCCUGCCUGUGAUCGAGGCCACCAGUUUUGUGUCUUCAAAGUGGGUACCGCAGAUGGCGGACCACACUGAAGUACUUCAAGCCAUCCACAGAUCUUCUCAUGUUCGUUAUCCAGUUCUGACACCCAACAUGCAUGGCUUUCAGGAUGCUGUUGCAGCUGGUGCUACUGAAGUGGCCGUGUUUGGGUCUGCAUCUGAGACCUUCAGUAGGAAAAACAUCAACUGCUCUAUAGAUGAGAGCAUUCUGAGGUUCGAGGAAGUCAUUUGCACUGCCAAACAACGACAGAUUCCAGUCCGUGGAUAUGUUUCCUGUGCACUAGGAUGUCCAUAUGAGGGACCCAUUGAAUCCACUAAAGUUGCAGAGGUGGUGAAGAGGUUGUAUGAACUGGGCUGCUACGAGGUGUCUCUGGGGGAUACUAUCGGCGUGGGCACCCCAGGCUCCAUGGCCAAGAUGUUAAACAGCGUCAAGAAGGAGGUACCCAGCAGCGCUCUGGCCGUUCACUGCCAUGACACUUACGGCCAGGCCCUGGCCAACAUCCUAACCGCACUGCAGAUGGGGAUUUGUACAGUGGACUCGUCUGUAGCAGGUUUGGGAGGGUGCCCAUAUGCCCAGGGGGCCUCUGGCAACGUGUCAACAGAAGAUGUUCUCUAUAUGCUCCAUGGGAUGGGCAUUAAAACCGGAGUGGAUCUCUCCAAAGUAAUCGAGGCAGGUGACUUCAUCUGCAAAGCCUUAAACCGCAAGACCAACUCCAAGGUAGCCCAAGCAAGAGGCGAUUACUCUGUGCAUUGCCGCAUGAAGAAGAUAAAUACUUGACACCUUGUCCUUUUGAACAUUGUUGCAUAUAGAUAGAAAAUUAUACAAUACAAAGUGCACUUUUCUUCAUUUUUUGGACAAAAAUGUGUAUCCAUUUAGCAGAGGCACUUUAUUAAAGUGUUAAUGGACAAGGCCUACUUAAAUUCAAGAAAUAACUGUAAACAUUUCAAACCAAAUAACUUGUAUCACUGUAUAGUUUGUCUGAUAGGAGGUAAAAGAGAUGACUCCUCACUAAGUUGUGAAAGUUAUUCAUGAUGUUUCUGUUUGGGGUCUCUUCCCAUUCAUUUCCAGCUCAAUGUGGUUACAAUUAGACAAGGGGACCUGAGAGGGUUAAGGGAGUCCUGCUGGGUUUAAAACCAGUGUGGGUUGAUCAUUAUCUCCCUCAAAAUGUAUUUUCAUUUCCUAAGUCGCUUGCUCUGUCAAGAUGGAAGUAUGUCUGCCUUCACAUGUGAAAUAUGUAUUUGUUUUCUCUCUCUUCAUCCUUCUCACCAGUGCAUGACCUCAUUCCAUAAGUUGGAUGAGGUCAUUCAGUAAUUGUAUUUUUUAGAGUUAAAUGGACAGUAGUUGGCAGCUUUAUGUUGAACUAUUGUAUUUGCAAUAGUCAGAAGGGACAAAGGUAUUUUAGCUGGUGAAGCAUCUCAUCCGCUACUUUUGGUAGAAGCAGGCCUGACAAUAUCUAUAAGAACACUGAACAAUAUCAAAUAUUGGUAAAUUAAAUCCCGACAUUAACUUUGUUGUAUAACAAAGCAUUUAACCUCCCUUCCACUUGACAGUCCUCCUUUUUAAACGCCUUACUCUUGCAGAUAAGUUGAGCAAAUGUCAAUAUCCAUGAGUAAAGUAUUUUAUUAAUUUGCUUUUUGAUAGUAAUGAAUGUACUGUAGUAUUAUGUAUUGUGUGAGUAUUAUGUAUUGAGUGACAAAGUGCUAUAAUAAUAAGUAAUAUAUUGAAUGAUGUAGUGCCUUUAUUCUAUGGGUUCAAGAAGAGUGACAUAUAUUAUAAAUUAAAUGAAGAGUUAAUAGUUAAUAGCUAAUAAAUAGUUAGAAAAGUAAUUUUGUUUUUGCAAACAAAGGUAACUUGGUGAAUCCAACAUGCUUAUUACAUAAAGAUAAUAAAGGUUGAUUAAACAAAGUUGUUUACAGAGCAAGAUUACUGUAGAUUUCGGAUCACA